UCUUAUAGUCAGAUGAAAGAAACUAUCAUGAACCAAGAGAAACUCACCAAACUGCAGGCACAAGUGCACAUUGGUGGGAAAGGAGCUGCUUGCAGAAAGAAGGUGGCUCAUAGAACAGCCACAGCAGAUGACAAAAAACUUCAGUUCUCUUUAAAGAAGUUAGGGGUAAACAAUAUCUCUGGUAUUGAAGAGGUGAAUAUGUUCACAAAUCAAGGAACAGUGAUCGACUUUAACAACCUGAAAGUUCAGGCACCUCUAGAAGCGAACACCUUCACCAUUACAGGCCAUGCUGAGUCAAAGCAACUGGCAGAAAUUCUCCCCAGCAUCUUAAACCAACUUGGCGCAGACAGUCUGAUCAGUUUAAGGAGACUGGCUGAAGCUCUGCCCAAAAAAUCUGUGGAUGGAAAAGCACCACUUUCCACUGGAGAGGAGGAGGAUGAUGAAGUUCCAGAUCUUGUGGAGAAUUUUGAUGAGGUUUCCAAGAAAGAAACAAACUGA